GGGGUGUCUGUAUUUGCUUGUUGCAUAGGCAUUGCUCGUUGACAGUGGGCUUGAUACCCACUGGCACCGAAUCCCCUAUGGAUGCAUAGUCAUCUGGGCUUGUUCGGACGUGUUCAGAUCUACGUAUACUUCUUGAAGCUCGUGAUUGUGGCCUGCUGACAAUGGAUGUCAGUUCAUUACAAGCCCUGGAGCAUCUGAUGAAUGAGUUCUUUGCGGCGGGCACCACAAACAGUCGCAAGCAGCAAAUAGAAAAAGCCUUGGAGGAGUUCAGCCAACAACCAGCAGCAUGGAAGAACUGUCUGCUCUGCAUUGCUGGCACAUCCAACCCCUAUGUCAGCAUGUUCUGCAUGACAUCACUCGAGAGUGUGAUCAACAAGCAGUGGCUCGGUCUGAGGUCGGAGGAGCGUGCGGAGAUCCGGGGCUCCCUGUACAGGCUCUGUCUGGAGCGACACCACCUGCUGGCGCCGUACCUGCGCAACAAGGCCGUCAAGCUGGUAGUGGACGUGGCCCGCCUCAGCUGGCCCCAAUUCUACCCUGACUUCUUCAGCAACAUAAUCACUCUGGUGCAGUCGCCGGACGCGGCGCCUCUGGGCCUGCUGUUUCUGCUGACGGCCGCCGAGGAAUGUCUCUGCCAGCUGUUCUCGUGGGUGCCGCUCUCGUCGAUGAUCACCUCCGAGCUGGUCACUGCUGUCUUCCACUUCGCCUCCGUGGGCUUCUCAAGGGAGGGUGACGCGUCAGAUGGGGACCGGGGCGGUGGCGCGGCCGGCUCGCGGGAGCCGCUGGGCGUCAUCGCCAUCGCCUGCAUCAACGAGAUCAUCAGCAAGAACUGUGUACCGCCGGAUUUCGAAGCAUUCCUGCUGCAGCUGUUCAAGCACACAUUCCAUUUACUGCAACGUCUUCUGGAAGAGGGGAGCAAAACGUCUUGUAAGCUCUCAGAAGUGGACCCAGACUACCUGAGCGGCCUGACCGAGUUCCUGCGUCUGUUCGUGACGCUUCACCUGCGCCGGCUGGAGGCCUGGCCCCAGUUCCCGGUGCUGGACCUGCUGGCUCUACUGUUCCGCUACACCUUCCUGCAGCCCGACCUGGACGCCUACUACGGCUGCCUGGACAUCUGGGCCGUGUUCCUCGACCAUCUGGCCACCAAGUGCAGCCUCAAGACUGAGAACCGCGAGGCUGUCGCCGCCAAGUACCACGAGGCGGUGCUGUCGCUGGCGGGCCAGGCGCUGCAGCGGACGCAGCUGCGGCGGCACGGCGCCGAGCUGGAGCGGCUGGACGACGAGCGCGAGGACCCGGACGGCCAGACCGAGUGGAGCGAGCUGCUGCGGCGCACGGCCGACCUGCUGGAGCGCGUGGCCACGCUCUACCCGCUGGACGUGCGCGCUCUGCUGCUGACCGGCUGGCACGAGACGCUCGAGCCGUAUGUGUCGCUGCCGUCCCUGCUGGUGAGCGCCGCCGCGUUCGGCUCCGCUCAGCGGCUGCACGAGGCCGAGCUGCCGCCGGGCGCGCUGCGGCCCACCCUGGUGGAGGUGCACGCCCAGAGCCUGGCCACGCUGCGGCCCUGGUGCCACUGGAUGACGGCCGCGCUCGCCGGCCACCUCUCCACCAGCGUUCAGGUGGACGACCUGGUGGCCGAGAUGACGGUGGCGGUGUGCGGGGCGGUGCAGAGCCGCGCGCCGCCGCGGCUGGUGCGCGCCGCCGUCGCCACGCUCGUCACCAUCACCAGCACGGUGCGCUCGGGCGCGCUGGUCGACUGCCCGCAGAUCCAGCAGCUGUAUGGUCGCGCCGGGCAGCUGACGCUGGGCAAGCAGGACCGCCUGCUGCUGUACCGGGCGCUGUCGAGCCUGCUGCUGCUGCCCUGGCAGCGGGCCGGGGACCAGCUGUGGGAGGAGCGGCGUCGCCACCUGGCCGUCUUCCUCGACUCGCUGACGGCCGACUUUCGCCGGCUGCGGCUGACGCCCGGCCUCGCCGACAGCAGGGAACUGCGCGACCGAGCCAAGCCCGUGAUCAGCCAGACCCUCUCGACGCUGUCGGAGAUCGUGACCAACGUGCGCAGCGAGGUGACUAAAACCAAGCAGCUGUGCCACGACUGCCUGCAGGACACCAUCCGGGACUCGCUCUGGGUCUUCACCGUGUUCGCCGCGCAGCCCGACGUGUGCCAGGACGUGCUGUCCUUCUUCCUGGCGGCGUUCGAGGCGCUGCGGGCGCAGAUGGGCGGCCAGUUCGCCGAGCAGUGUGUCCAGAUGUUCAUCGACGUCUUCAGCAGGGACGCGCUGGCCAGGAACAUGCUGGAAGAGGGCUCUCUGAAGGUGCCCUUCUUCGACCUGCUGGCCGCCGUGCUGGAGCACAACUGGCGCUACUUCUUCAGGAGCUCGGUGCUGAAGACGCUCAGCUCCGUGGCCGAGGAGGACGAGGUGACGAACGAGAAGCAGUUCGUGGCCAUCCUCGAGGCCAUGGGCCAGUCGUUCCUGCAGGCCGACAUCAACGUGUUCCGCCUGAACUUGGCCACACUGCAGAUGCUCAACUGCAAGUGGAAGCUCUACCACAAGACGCUGCUGCAGCGCUCGCACGACCUGCUGCGCGACGAGAUCGCCGGCUGCCUGCACGAGCUGGCCGCCGUCGACUUCGCCGACUUCUUCGACCGGUUCGUGCCGGGCGUGCUGCUGGACACGCCGGGCCUGGACGCGCCGCAGCGGCGACGCGUGUCCGCAGUCCACCAGUGCGGUGUGUACGCCGGGCUGGCUGCUGGACGCACCUGA